CUAUGCGCUAAACCUGACCCGGACCAAUCCAUCGCCGAUCGGUGCAAAGCUCGGAACGCAGAGCAUAUUAAGAGUAGAUAGUGUAUGGCAUUGCCUUCGUUCCUCUUCAAUUCAAUCGCCAACAACAUCUGGAAAAUUUGAAGCAAAGGAAUAUGGAACACAUGGAUUUUGAUCAGGUAGUAGACAUUCCUGACACUCCUGAUAGAUCAGCCACUCGGAAUAUUAAUGCUGGGGAUUCUGUUGGGAAAGAAAGUAAGUUUGCCUUAACCGGACACUUGAGAAAUCCUGAUUUUGUGGAUGAAGGAUGUUUAAAUCAUCCAAGGCCUAGAAGCCGGUUGGUUAGUGAAAAUGGGCAAAAUAGAAGACUUCAUAUACAUCCUUUGAGAAAUACCAGCAAUGUUAAUAAAAUUGAGCAUUGCAGUAACUCCAUCACUUUAUCUCCAUCUGAAAAUCCUCAUGCUUCCAGAAAUGUUUCUCUAUUUCGGAGAACGGUAAUAGAUGAGAAAACAAAGCAUGAGACCAGGAACACACAACACAUGAAUGAGGGAAAACUGUUGUGCUCGAAAUUUCCUUCUAAAUCAUCAACUCCUCGAGAAGAUAAUACUAGGGUAGAUUUAAGUGAACAGAAUGGGAAUGAAAAAAUAUGCCAAAUGGCUUUAUCACAUGGUAAAUCGAAAGAUCUUCCUUCUAAAGAGAUAAGGGAAGGUCAAAAUGUGGCCACUGGUGUUUCUUUGUAUUGGCCCCUAAAUGUUCCUAAGACAUCCAGAGUUUCUGGUAAGGGGAAGGAAAAGAUAGGGGAUAAUACAAACAAUGGUUCUGCCUCAGUUACUCAUCAUGGAAAAGUGAUUGAUCUUUCUGAUGGUUCUCCACAUAGCCAUAGAAAACAAAUGCCUACAUAUCAUCAUUCUCUUCUGUCACCAAGAUGUAAUGGGCAAAAAAAAUUGGUUAGAAAUGGGUGUAUCUCUCCACAUAAUAUUGAAGUUAGGGCUAAACAAUUAGCUGAGUGUUCCCAAAAUUGCUCUGAAGGCGCUGAAAAAGGUCAUACUAGGGAUGUGGUUUCUGGUGGUUCAGGUAUUAUUGAUAUCAGUGAUAUAGUUGCUGAAGGCAACAGUUCUAAUAGAUCUAAAGGGAUAAUGAACCAUCCUUCAACGUUAAAGGAGCGUAAUCCAAAAAUUAUUCAACUGUCUGGCAGUUCUGCAGCUAUUAAUGAAGUCAAUGGCAAUGGUCAAGCCAGUGGAGAUGCAUUGGAAUGCUUUGAAGGGUUAGGGGGAUGGAGAAGCACACGCUAUUGGCCAAAGAAGGUAGACCAGCCAAAGUGUGAUGCAACUGGAUCUCACUUGAGGAGAAAUGGUGAUGUUGGGUGCUCUGAGAUUAAACAACAAAUUAGGGAUAACUGGAGUAGAAAAAACUAUGGAACUGGAGAUCAGACUUCAUCUGAAACAGCUUCUGGGCUUGUGUCAGAGCCGAUCCAAGUGAGUGAACCACAUAGAGUUGCUAAAACUCUGACUAAAAGGCAAAAAAAGCAUGAAUCAACUUCAAGAAAUCAAACCGAAAGCUCUAGAACAGUUUCCGAUGACUCAGAAAUUAUUUUUCUUUGUUCUUCUGGUGAAUCAUCCAUGGCAAGAUCAUCCAGAAGCCAGAUUCAUCAACAUCAGGGCACUUUGGAUAUUGAUGUGUUGUCAAAUGAGAUGAGACAAAGUGAUUCCCAAGAAAUAGGUUGCUCUGACAAUGAUCACUCAGAUGCUAGAGCUAGACAGUUUGAAGCAGAUGAGAUGUUGGCUCGUGAACUCCAAGAACAAUUGUACCAUGAGUUGCCUUUAUUUGGUGGUGGUGAGAUUGAUGAGCACAUAGCACUAAUGCUGCAGCAAGAGGAGGAUGUAUUCCCUUUUUCUAAUCAAAAUCCCAAUGCGUUGCGUCCUAGAACGCCAAUCCAUUCAUAUAGACAGCCUCAGUCACGGCUCUUACAGAAUUCCUCAAAUAGGAGGGCAACUCGAGCCAGAGUUCACACUUCUAAUGGAGUGGCACAGUUGAGGAGUCGUUUAAGCAAUCGACCUCGUGCAGCACCAUCCAGAGCUAGGAAUUUUCAGUUUCCUUUGGACAUGGACAUAGACAUGAGAAUUGACAUGUUGGAAGCAUUGGAGGCUGCAGUUGGGAAUUUUACAGAUAGAGGAGCAGCCAGCCGCAUCUCUCAACUUCAGCGUGAUUUCAAUGAGAAUGAUUAUGAGAUGUUGUUGGCCCUUGAUGACAAUAAUAACCAAAAUGGUGCAUCUGACAGUCAGAUCAAUAGUUUGCCGCUGUCCACGGUACAGACUGAAAAUUUGGAAGAGUCGUGUGCAAUUUGUCUUGAUGCCCCAACUAUUGGAGAAACCAUACGGCACCUUCCUUGCUUGCACAAAUUUCACAAAGCUUGUAUUGAUCCAUGGCUCAGCAGGAAACCGUCCUGUCCAGUUUGCAAGUCAUCGAUAACUUGAUUAGUUCGGGAAUUUCUUUUACAAGUGUACCCAAAGGUUAUAAUUGUUAUGUUCCCUUUUGCAUUCUUAAAUUCCUACAAAAAAAAAAAAAAAGUGCUUAAGGUUUAACUUUUUGGGUGAUUCUAGUACUUCUUUUAGUUUGAUCUUUGAAGUAAUUUCUCCAGUAACUUCUGUCCUGGGGAAAAUUGCAAAACAUAGUGAUAUUAAAUAGUCAUGAAUUUUAGUUUUUGAUGGUA